GACCUGGAUGAGGUCGGCGCUGGAUGAGAACCCUGUGGCCCACCUUGUGCAGCACAUCACCCACCGGAUGGGGAAUUUGAGCAGCCAUGGAGCUGUGGAUCUCCAGGGAGAACACCAGGUUGUCCCACCCAGCCUCCGUCAGGAGCAGGAAAGAACUCAGCAUGUUCAUCCCCAGCCAGAGAGCAUCCUGGUCCUUCAGGAGGUGAUGGAGAAGCUGCAGAGGGUCAACCAGAGCCUGGAGCUGAUGCUGACAGCUUUGGAAGAUGCACAAAGCCGUCUGGAAAAGCACCUGGAGCACCUCAAAGCCAUCCCUGACCUGACUGCAACGUUCCAGGCCAUCCUUCUCCUCCUCUUCCUCGCUUCCAGCGCCCUCGGCAUCCCAGCAACCUCCACUCUCCUGGUCCUUGCUGUGGCAGGACAUUGGCUGGUGGGACAUUGGCUGGUGGCAUCCGCCUGCCGUGGUGCCAGAAGGAUCCGGCCAGUGGUUCCCCGGGAAAAGCCCCGGUACCGGCUCACCUCCACCCCAGAGAGGGAAUGUGAUCUGGAGCUGCUGCAAGAGGAGCUGGACAGGAUGGAGAUGAGCUGCCUGCAAGAGCCCUCACACCUGGAGCAGCCCCAAGAGGUGGCUGGGGACAUUCCCGGAUUCACAGGGCGAGUGUCACCUGACCCUGGUGGCCAGAGGACAACACCGAGCUCGUGUGGGGUGACACCGGAGCCAGUUAUGGAUACUGGGAAGCUCUGGGAGCCCAAACCCUGCAGCCCCAGGGCCAACAUGUCGCCGUGCCAGGGGCUCACCAGGGCUGGGAAGCAGUGCCGGAAGAAAGCCAUUCCUGGGCAGGAAUUCUGCCACGUCCACACCACCACCAGUAGCUUGGCCAUGGAUUCAUCCCCCCAUUUUUGACCCUCUACCCCCUCCCUGAGGGGUUUUAACUCUUUUUAUGGCUAUUCCAGAUCCUGGUGAAGAAC